GAAGGGGAGCAAUUCACUGCACUUUUUGAAAUUCUCCUACCUUUCCCUCUCUCGCUCCCAAAAUCCCAAUCCCCACUUUCGGAACUCAAAAUUAUGUCUCCAGAUCUCAGUAAGUUAUAAUUUUGUUCGGACCCUCUGGAAAUCACAAAGGGUGAAAAACCCUUUAGCCCAUUGCUCGAAUUUGAACAUCUGAGAAUUCACUGUGAGGGGAUACAAUACAAGAAGCCAAAGUGAAAAAAAUGGGAGAGACGUCAAGAAAAAUGGAUAUGGAGGAGCUAGUGACUUACGGCAACAAUCUGAUAGAAUUCUUGAAAGAAGAUAAGGAUGCUGUUGGUCUCAAGCAUUUUCUCCGCCAAUCAGAAGCCCUUCACUCUCAAUGUGUCAAGGAUUGCAAUGAAGUUCAAAAGUCCAUUGAAGAUUAUGAAAAGAAGAUUGAUUCAUGCAAGCAGAAAGCAGCUGCUGCAGAAUCUGAGACUGCUUCGGAUGCAGAGAUAGAUACACUGCAGAAAGAGUUGGAAGAGGGACAACAACUCGAAAGGAUGUUCAGGGAGGAGCUUAGAGUAAUCAUCACUGAAAUUGAUGACCUAGAGCGUCAAAGGGUCUCCAUUGAAGAACAAAUGCAAAAUGUCAAGAAAUUUGAGCAAGAUGAAAAGAGAGCUCAGAUGAAGCUUUCAAUGUAUGCUUCCGUCACAAAUAUAAUUCCAUACUUGGAUGAUCCAUCCAAAAUUUCCGGCCAUAUUGUGGACAGAGACAAGAAAGUGGUCGAAAAGUUUGAGUUUGAUCCAUCAAAGGUCACUGCCUUUGAUAGUUGUAACAACAUUUGGAAGAUGAUAAACUUGUGAUGAAUCUGCAUUAAUUAUUCUUUGUAUUUGGGAUCACAUGUAUGCUCCAUUUUGAUUUCUUGCUGGGGAAUGGACUGUAAUGCAACGUUGUGUCUUGAUUUUGCUUUGUUCCAUUGUCGUAUA